AUGGAGAACCUGAUUGGGGUUGAUUCAAGAGUUGAAGAAGUAAAUAAGUUGCUAUUGGGUGUGGCGGUGGAUGAUGUUGGCUUUAUAGGGAUAUGGGGAAUGGGCGGAAUUGGCAAGACAACUAUUGCCAAACUGUUGUUUGAUCGGAUCUCUAAUCAAUUUAACUUUAGCAGCUUUGUGUCUGAUGUUAGAAGCAAUGCAGAAACGAGUGGUCUGGUUCAGUUACAGAAGAUACUUAUUUCUAGGAUGAAGGGGAGAGAGAUUGACGUGUGCGAUGUUGUUGAAGGAGCCACGAAGAUAAUGAGAUUUGUACGUGACAAAAAGGUUCUUCUCGUUCUUGAUGACGUUAACCAUUCAGAUCACUUACACUACUUGGCUAGAAGGGAAGACUGGUUUGGUUAUGGGAGCAAAUUUAUCAUACAACUAGAGAUGCUCACCUGUUAA